CUUCAUGAUCCCUUUCCUGAUUUUGCUAGUCCUGGAGGGUAUCCCCCUGCUUCAUCUUGAGUUUGCCAUUGGUCAAAGGCUGAGGAAAGGCAGUGUGGGUGUCUGGAGCUCCAUCCACCCUACCCUGAAAGGAGUUGGCAUAGCAGCAAUGUUUGUAUCCUUCCUGGUGGGUUUAUAUUAUAACACUAUUAUUGCCUGGGUAAUGUGGUAUUUCUUCAACUCAUUCCAAGAGCCCCUUCCUUGGAGUAGCUGUCCUCUCAAUGACAACAAAACAGAUUACAUAGAAGAGUGUGCCAGGAGCUCUCCCGUAGAUUAUUUCUGGUACAGAGAAACAUUAAACAUCUCCACAUCCAUUGACGAUUCAGGCACUAUACAGUGGUGGCUUUUGUUAUGUUUAACAUGCGCAUGGGGUGUACUGUAUGUGUGCACAAUCAGAGGCAUCGAAACAACAGGAAAGGCCGUGUAUGUAACAUCAACUCUUCCAUACCUUGUGCUCACCAUUUUUCUAAUCCGUGGCUUGACGCUGAAAGGAUCAACCAGUGGAAUUGUGUAUCUCUUCACCCCUAAUGUUACCGAGCUGGCUAACCCAGUGACGUGGCUGGACGCGGGUGCUCAGGUGUUUUAUUCUUUCUCCCUGGCCUUUGGAGGCCUCAUUUCAUUCUCCAGUUACAACUCUGUUCACAAUAACUGUGAGAAAGAUGCCCUGAUUAUCUCAGUGAUCAAUGGUUUCACAUCUGUCUAUGCAGCAACUGUCAUAUACUCCAUCAUUGGAUUCAGAGCCACAGAAAGAUAUGAUGACUGUUUUGACAAAAAUAUUCUUACUCUGAUGAAUGCAUUUGAUUUGCCAGAAGGUAAUGUAACCCAAGAUAACUUUGAACAAAUGCAGCAGCUAUGUAACAUGACUGAUCCAGCGAUUUUUGCAAGCCUGAAGUUUGAAUCCUGUGAUCUGGAAACUUUCCUGAAUGAUGGAGUUGAAGGAACUGGGCUAGCCUUUAUUGUCUUCACUGAAGCUAUCACCAAAAUGCCUGUCUCACCUUUGUGGUCCAUUCUCUUCUUCAUCAUGCUCUUCUGCUUGGGUUUGUCAUCUAUGUUUGGAAAUAUGGAAGGUGUGCUUGUACCUUUGCAAGAUCUUAAGAUUAUACCCCCCAAAGUGCCUAAGGAACUUGUUACCGGUCUCAUUUGUGUGGGGUCUUACUUGAUAGCCUUUAUUUUUGUGCUGAAGUCUGGUAAUUACUGGCUGGCUCUAUUCGACAGUUUUGCUGGCUCUAUUCCCUUGCUAAUAAUUGCAUUUUGUGAGAUGUUUUCAGUUGUCUACAUUUAUGGAGUAGACAGGUUUAACAAGGAUAUUGAGUUCAUGAUUGGACACAAGCCCAAUAUUUUCUGGCAGGUUACCUGGAGAGUUAUCAGUCCUCUCAUUAUGUUAGUUAUCUUCUUCUUUUAUUUUGUGGUGAAAGUCAAUGAAGAACUGCUCUACAGCGUUUGGGACCCUAGCUAUGAGAAGUUCCCCAAAACACAGAAGACUGAAUACCCCAGUUGGGUGUAUGCUAUUAUUGUAAUCCUCGCUGGAGUGCCCAGUUUGGUCAUCCCUGCCUUUGCCAUCUACAAAGCCAUCAGAAAUUGCUGUCAGAAAAAAAAUGAUCGUACGGGCCUUAUGAGCUCCACAUCUGAGACUUCUGUUAAUGGAAACUUAAAGCAUUCAGCAUAAAACCAUUUAAAAAAAUGUGGAAGAAUGC